AUGAGCCAGACAAAGUUUUAUCUACCUACUCUACAGCCUCGGCCUGCUACGCCGGCCUGCUUGCCUGCCAAAUCUUCUGAUUCUCGGGAUCCACCAAAAUCCACACCCAGGAAAACCGCCCAAGAUGCCUCGGGAAGACAGCCCACCUCCUCCUCCUCCGCCGCCGCCCAACUCGCCAGUGCAAAGGUAAUCCUUCGCAAGAAUCUGCGCCAGUUCCCGGACUUCCCCAUCCCCGGCAUUGACUUUGUCGAUAUCAUGCCGCUCUUUGCCAACCCUGAAGCCCACGCAACCCUCGUCAACGCCCUCGAGCUCGAGAUCGCCCAGACCUUUGCCAACAACAAGCCCGACGUCAUUGUCGGUCUCGAUGCUCGUGGCUUCCUCUUCGGCCCUGGCCUCGCCCUGCGCCUCGGCGUCCCCUUUGCCGCUGUCCGCAAGCAGGGCAAGCUCCCCGGUCCUUGCGUCACCGCCGAGUACAUCAAGGAGUACGGCAAGGACUUUUUCCAGAUGCAGCAGGACUCCAUCCGUGAGGGCCAAAAGGUGCUUGUUGUCGACGACAUUAUUGCUACCGGUGGCUCUGCCAAGGCUGCCGCUGAUCUCGUUGCCCAGCUCAAGGGCCAGGUCAUGGGCUACCUCUUCAUUCUCGAGAUUCCUGGCCUCAACGGCCGCGAUAAGCUUGGAGCGGCUCCUACCACCAUCCUCCUCGAGGACGCCUAA